AUGGGAGUACUCAAGACCAUCAUCGGCGCCAUCCUGACAAUCUCCCUCAUUGUUUUCGUCGCGCUGUUUGGACGACUGCCUGUUUUUAGGAGGACACCGAUCGCGUUCUUACACAAACUCCUCACGAAAUACAUCCCCAGCGCAUUUGUAUGGGUGGACUCGUACCUCACGGGCCGGCGCCUGUCGCGGGCUCUCUUCUCAACCGGACACUAUCUGAUGUAUGAGAAGCAUCCGGUUGUUCUGAUCUUCUUCGUCGUCCUCCAAACCCUCGGCGAAAUCGCCAUGGUGCCUCGCCUCUGGCCCACCCUGACCCUCUUCCACAAAGUCCUCAUCCCCAUCAUGAUCGCCCUUCCGCACUACUACCUCUACCUCACCGCCACAACCAGCAGCUCCAUCCCCCUACCCUCCAACCUCGCCUCCCCACAACCACACCCAGCAUCCCCCUCCCCCAGCACCCCACCCACAACCCUCGACUUCGGCCCCGCCCACGCCGCCGCCAUGCGCGCCUACCCCUACGACUACCUCCUCUACCACCCAGGCUACUUCUGCAGCACCUGCCGCGCCCCCAAGCCCCCACGCAGCAAGCACUGCUCGCUCUGCAAAGCCUGCAUCCAAAAGCAGGACCACCACUGCAUCUGGGUCAACAACUGCGUCGGCCGCGCCAACUACGCGUACUUCCUCCUCUUACUCCUCGCCAUCACCGCGUUGCUCGUUUACGGCACCCUCCUCGGCUGGUCCGCAAUGUCCCUGCGCCUCACCUCACGCUUCGCGCCCCCGGAACUCACGCGCGGCAGCGCCACGACCAAGACCUGGGCCAGCGGCACCGACUGGGCGAAAUGGUUCGACCGCCUCGCGUGGGCGCUGGUGGUGGACGUGCGCGUCGGCGCCACCACGCUGCUGUGCGCCAUGUGCACCCCCCUGGGGGCGGCGUUCCUCGCGUACCAUGCCUAUCUGCUGUGGGCGGGCAUGACGACCAACGAGCAGGGGAAGUGGGCGGAUUGGAAGGAGGAUGUGGCCGAUCAAGUGGUGUUUCGCGCGCGGAUCGAGGAAUUGAGAAGGUGUGUGGAUGGCGGGUUCGCGGUCGGGAAGGAGGCGGGCGCGUAUCCGGCGCUGCCGCGCGAGGUGGAGGUGCCGAGCGACGAGGUGGAUUGGCCGCCGAGUGGGGUGCCGGCGUGGGUGUGGAGGGGGAGGGAGAGGGGGAGGGGCGGCGUCAAGUGGUGGUAUAUUCGCACGAGGAGCGGGGAUCAGCCGACGGUGAAGAUGUCGGUGGAGGAGGCGAAGGCGAGGGGGUUGGCGGAUGGGUAUCCGGACGGCAAUGGAGUCAAGUAUGGGGAGGUGGAGGUGGAGGAUCUGCGGUGGCACAGGGUCCUGAGCAUGCGGCGGGAGAUGGAUAACAUUUACGACUUGGGAUUUUGGGGGAAUCUUAUGGAGGCUAUCUAUCAUCGAGGACGAUAA